AUGGCUACAGAAGACUGAAGCUUUUCCUCAAGCACCAGGGCGGUGACAUGGGGCAGCAUUAUGUUUGUUCAUUGUAAGAGCUUCAGAUCACAGAUUUAGCAGUUUGGCUGGGAACCUGAACACUUCAUGAGCAGGGUGAUGGAGGAAGACACAGAGCAGUUAGACAACUGCAUCUAAAAGGAACAACUUACAGAUCAAAGAAAGCUUCCUGGAGGAAGAAGUUACAUGUCAGGAGAAGCCUGAAGGGCAGGUGUUUUCGGUGUGCCGUGUGGUUAUUCCGCCUUCUGUCCUGCCGUUUCCCUCCUCUUGGUGCUCCAACCCCGUCCGUAAGCCCAACUGCAUUUCUAAGGGUGAAGAAAGAUGGAUGCCAUCACUAAACUAAGCAUUCUUUUUACCAGCUUUGUGGUCUUUCAGCUUCUUUUCCACUUUCUAAGUUCUUGGUUUUCAGCAAAAGUUUCUCCAGCUUUUACGAGGCUCAGCUACGCAAAGAAGAUCGAAUGGAACUCAAGGGUGGUGUCUACAUGCCAUUCUUUAGUGGUCGGAAUCUUUGGCCUGUAUAUAUUGCUUUUUGAUGAACCUUCUCGAAAUGAUCCCUUAUGGGGUGAUUCAUCACUUGUGAAUGUGAAUAUUUCUGUUGCUUCAGGCUACCUCAUUUCUGAUUUGUUGCUUAUCAUUUUGUAUUGGAGAGUGAUCGGUGACAAAAUAUUUGUCAUUCAUCAUUGUACAGUGCUGUACGCAUACUACUUUAUCCUGACCUAUGGAAGCCUCGGGUGCAUUGGGAAUGUUCGCCUGUUGGCCGAGCUCUCCAGCCCGUUUGUGAACCAGCGGUGGUUCUUCGAAGCUCUGAAGUAUCCGAAGUUUUCCAAAGCUAACGUCAUCAAUGGAAUACUCAUGACACUAGUGUUUUUCAUCGUGAGGAUUGCUGUGAUACCUCCGUACUAUUUCUUCAUAUAUUCUGUGCAUGGAACAGACCCUUACAUCCAGCUUGGACCACUAAUACAGUAUUCCUGGAUCUCUUCCUGUGCCGUCUUAGAUGUAAUGAAUGUCUUGUGGAUGAUCAAAAUCACGAAGGGAUGCAUCAAAGUCAUCUCCUCCAUCCGACAAGAAAAGGCCAAAAAUCGUCUUCAAAAUGGAAAAACUGACUAAAACUGGGAGAUAGAGAAGCAAACUUCAUUCCAACCUGGCAUUUAUAUCUGCUGAUAGGAUGAAAUCUUGGCAUGUUCCUGUGUUUCUUUAUUAAUUAUAAGUGUUAGCCAGACUUUCAGUGUGAGUCUUUUUUUUAACUCUAGAAAGUAAAACUAAAAAUCAGUUUUUAUUCAAGACUUCCUUUCUGAUUUUUCUUCUGCAUUCUAAGGUUUAAAUGAAAAUUUACAAAUAUAGUGGUGAAUCUUUUCAGAAACCUGUUAAUCUGCAUUGGUAUUUUUCUCUAUGCUAACUCAGUAUACUGGUUUUACAUCAUUAAUCCGGUUGAAAGAAUGGAAAACCGCUUUAAAAAUUUUUAAUAGUUCUCAACAUUUUGUUGCUCUGUACUGCUUUCUUUCCAUGACUGUCAAGACCUGUAUAAAGCUUGCUUUCUCCAUUGUUGAAAUGUUGUUUUCUUAGCCUCGUAGCAGUGAAGGAGCCCGUGGGGCAUAGUGUGGCGUAAUGAGUGGGACAGUGAGCCGUGAGGAAGGACAUGGGAACCCCGCAGCCACUCCCUGGAGAAAGCUGAGACGCCUCCUCCCGUGACGAUGGACAGCCUCAGAGCUGGUCUGCUCUGUCUUAGGGGCCGCUGUGAGGCUGAAUUGUCCGGACGGCAGUCAUUUCUUUUGGUUGUUUCUCAGAAGUGAUGUAAUCUUCAUUUCAUGUAUAUAAUCUAUUAAUGAUGAAGUGUUUUACAUAUUUGGGGAGUGUUUAAUUCACGUAGUCUGAUUUGUUAGUUGUGGAAAACAUUUGUUCCCCCCCCCACCCCACCACCACCACCUCAGACAGCCAUUUCUUAUUUCUGUUUUAGGCAUUGUGUCAUGUUACUGCCUUUUAAUUUUCUAGUAAGGCUUGAGACAGAGCCUGGAAGUCUCCUUCCGAGGUGAGUGAGUUCUCAGAAUGCAUGUUGAUAAUAUCACUUUGUAGGCUAACAGGAGGGUUAUAAAAGAAAGAGCUUUGACACCGUUCUUCCUCUCUACCUCCCUGGCACUUUUUUCUAUGAAAAAUAAAUUCCAGUCAAUCUUUGUUUUUUGCAGAUUCCAUCUUUGUGAAUUUCCCUACUUGCUAAAAUUUAUUUAUAAGCCCCAAAUCAGACCCCCUGGAUCGAGCAAGCAGUUCAUACACUUAGUUGCUCUCUGAGAUGUUGGCGAUUGCAGCCUGACAGGUGCCUCUGAAGAAAGGCCGCCUGUCUGUGCCUGUCUGUGCCUGUCAAUGGCUGCGACUCCCGUGCUUUGUCUUCUUUUUGUGGUUGUGUGUCUGUGUGCUUGCUGUUGCUUUAGUUUGUACAGCUCAGUAGAAUCAUAUAUUUAGCUAUUACUGCCUUUAUUUAUUUUUCUCUAAUAUUUGACUGCGAUUAUUGUUCUUGCCUGGCGAAAAAUAAUUAAUUCAACAGUGGCGAAUACUUGAACUUAACUGGACCCAAACCAAAAGAUCUAAUCCAUUCAGUUUUUACCUUUAGAAGAAGAAUGUUUAACUCUCUCGAAUUGUUCGUAUUAUGGUCAGGAAGGGAAGUUGGCCGAAUAUAACCAAGACUUUUGAUUUGAUUUGAUUUCCCAAGACAGACAGAGCUUAGAAAAAUUAAGUUUGAGGACCCUUAAAGAAAAUAAUAGAAAUCUCAGUCAAUAACUAAAUGAUAAAAUGUGAUUGUCUUAUAGGGACACUGCUUUUUGAAAGACUUAAAAUAAUGUGAAACGUAGUCUUCUGUUUUUGAAGUUAACUAAUAUGAUAUCAAUAAUUUGCUACUAAAUUUAGUGCCUUUCAUAUCAGGCACUUUAAUGUGUAUUGGUUGGUUAAAGGGGUAGGAAAGUAAGUGAUUUUAUCUUGUUCUUGCUCUUUUGCAAGGAAAAAAAUGACUUUUUAAAAGGAAACCAUUUAUAUUAUAAGACUAUUUUGGAAAUUCAUUCCUUUAGAAAGAAAUAAAUCUUGAAAUAAAUA